GAGACGGAUGUAGAGAGGGAUCAUGAAGACUGGCACUUGGGGAUCUUGGAAGAAUCCUUCCAAGCCACAGUCUGGCCACCCACAGAGUCGGAAGCGGACACGGGCUGCGAGGAGCGGAUCGUCUGUCGCCACCUGGGAUCCCAGCCCAAGGAUGUGGAGCCCGAGAGCCAGGGCUACGCUGCGGCCUGGAGAUUCAUAGCCGAGCUCCCCACCGAUGCGUCGGAGGGGGAGGACGACAAACUCCGGAGCCCAACGCCUGUCUGCGACGCAGAGCUUGUGCCAGAGCCUCCAACGAUCCCGCCGCCUCACGUUCCAGAGUCGGAUCUCCUCUGCGACGUCCCGCAAGCAGAGCCCCUCCGACGGAGCGCACCGCCCUGUGCCUCCGAGCCCAGCUUCGCGCCCGCGCCCUCCUUACAGACCGCCCCGCAGCAGGACGAGUCCUUCCCGAGGACCUCACCUUCGGUCUCUCCUUUGCGAACCUGCUUUUGCUAUGCCUCUCCUCUCCGGAGAGGCCUUCCCGAGCUGGAUGCAAGAGCCGACUGGGAGGCCAUCCAGGCAGAAGGAAUCGAUGUGACCGUGCAGACGGCCACGGUCAACGCUGUGCAGGAGGUUGGGAUACGGGAUGCUACAGGUAGGCAACAUGCCUCUGGUCUCCAGCUUUUGGCCAUGAAUCGUGCUGUGGGGCUUACCUGUGCAGGUCCGGACAUUCUCCACAUCUCUGCCCACUGCACUACGCUAGGCACCAGCGAUGCAACCUCUGAAUCUGUCUCCGUUCAAUCUGUCUCCGUUCCUUUGUACAGCAGCUCCUGUGUCUAUGUUUUCGACGGCGAGGUAACCGUGCGCAGCUUUGCAUGA